CCAGUUUCUUUUCUUUUGUUGCUUGGACUUGGGUCUCUCAGGCCCUGCCACUGAUCUGUGACAUUUAAUAAACUUAACUGACUCUAGGCUCCUUCUGCCCUGGUGGGGUUCUGAACUUCCCGCUGGCGGGGCUCCCAGAUGGAGCUGCACUAGGAGAACUGCUGUCACUGCGUGUCUCUUUGUACUGUUCAGAAUUUUUUCUAGUUCAUAUUUCAGUUAAAAAAAUUAAGCGUCACUUCAAAAUACUACUAAUUUCAAACCUUCUGUGCUAAAUAGAGUGAAAGGAAGUGCCUUGCUAACCCCAAGGCAGGAAGGCCCUCUGGUUUCCUGCUUCCCCCCCAGGGCCCAGCAGCAGGUGCUCAGGGAGCCUUGGGAGGGAAAGACAUGAGGGAAAUGUUUCACUUCGCACCUUCCUUCCCACACCAUCCUCCACAAAAACGGGGGGCAGGGGCCCCAUGUGCACAGCUGGCUUUCAGAGCUGCUACAGUGGGGAGUAGCUGGUUCUCCUUUCUUCCUACAGUGGGUGCGGGUCUGUCGGGGCCGGUGUGAGCCUGGAGCUGCAGCUGUGGGAGGGGAAGGGGAGCGGAGGAGGGUGGGCAAGUGGGUUGCUGCUGUGCUGGCGGGAACCAGCUGAAUGGGGUGGGGAUGUGUGUGUGGUUGCAGCUCUUGCCCUAGUGCUGAGGCUCUGCCUGUUCUUCUCCCCAGAACAGCUCCCUAGAGCCCUGCGUAUCUGCUCCGGCUGGCAGUAGAAGGAGCCUCUCCUGCCUUCCCCUUCUGAGUACCUGGGAUUUGAGGUCCAGAAGCAGCAAAGAUGUCCAAUGAGCCGCCCCCUCCUUAUCCUGGAGGCCCCACAGCCCCCCUUCUGGAGGAGAAGAGUGGAGCCCCACCAACCCCAGGCCGCACCUCCCCAGCUGUGAUGCAGCCCCCUCCAGGCAUGUCGAUGCCCCCCGCAGACAUUGGUCCCCCACCCUAUGAGCCACCGGGUCACCCAAUGCCUCAGCCUGGCUUCAUCCCCCCGCAUAUGAAUGCAGAUGGCACCUACAUGCCUCCAGGUUUCUACCCUCCUCCAGGCCCCCACCCACCCAUGGGCUACUAUCCACCAGGGCCCUACCCACCGGGGCCCUACCCUGGCCCUGGGGGCCACACCGCCACAGUCCUAGUUCCCUCAGGGGCUGCCACCACAGUGACAGUACUGCAGGGAGAGAUCUUCGAGGGCGCCCCUGUACAGACAGUGUGUCCCCACUGCCAGCAGGCCAUCACCACCAAGAUAUCCUAUGAGAUUGGCCUGAUGAACUUCGUGCUGGGCUUCUUCUGCUGCUUCAUGGGGUGUGAUCUGGGCUGCUGCUUGAUCCCUUGCCUCAUCAACGACUUCAAGGAUGUGACGCACACAUGCCCCAGCUGCAAAGCCUACAUCUACACAUAUAAGCGCCUGUGCUAACGGAGCCGGGACUGGACUCCGUGCUGUCAGUCUGGCCCCUUGUGCUUUUGCUCCCCUCGCUCAGUGGCUCGCUUCCGUGCUCCCACUUGGGGAUGGAAGCCAUUCCACCGGUCCCCUGGAAGUCUUGUCCUCUUUGGCUUGCCCUUCCCUGAGCAUCUGACUCUUCCGGCAAAAAUUCUGUUGGAUUUUAAGGCCAAGGGUCAGCAGACAGCAGGGGGAUAGCACUGAGCUUGUGUGUUGCUGGUUUGCUUGGUGUUUGUGAUCAGGAAGAGAAGCUGGGAAGAGUCUCCUCGCACGGUCUCCCUGCUGGGGUCUCAUUCCUCCAUUUCUGUACAAAGUAUAGAUUUGGUCCUAACUUUCCCUGGGACCAAAAGCAGCCAGAGCAGACCUGGGGCCUGCAGUAGGACUGUACCUGUAGCCACAGUUAUUUCUGAUCUCCUGGGCCAAGAGUCGGGGAGUGGACCCAAGCAGGAUAGGGUCCUAAGGCCUGGUCUGUUUCUGGGGUGCUAGAGGUGGGCAUGAUGAUUAGGAGGAUGACUCUGGCCCUUAGAAGUCUCAAACUCUUAACACUCUGUCCAAGUGCCCAGGAGUUCCCUGGGGUAAGGUAGAGAGCUCAGCACACCUCCAAGUCAUGGGGUGAAAUGUUGGACCCCAGUUUACUAAGAAGGGACUCGCCCCUGGCCCCCAUCCAGCUCCCUUUCUGGCCACCCCUCCACAAACCCCCACCUUUGCUAGGGCCAGAAGGAAUACCCAGAAGCCUAAUCCAUCUGUCCAUACCGUGUCUUUGCUGUGUAUCGGCAAGACCUUUGCCCAGUGGCUGGUGUGUCUCAACUAGGACUGGAGGUGAUGGAGAGAAGAGGCCCCUUGUAAGCACACUCACAUUUGUAGUGCUCUUGCCAUGGAUCCUCUUCUCAGGAAGUGCUGGGUGCUGGGCCCUGGCUGACUUGCUGUCACUGUGCUUGUUUUAACAGCAGGUACUGCAGCAGGAGCAGCUGUGGCACUGGACUGGGACAGGCCAGGGACAAGGAAGGAGCAGCCCCUGGUGGAAGUGCCCUGGUGGACACCUGCCCUGGGCCUGAGCCCACACUGUAUCUCGUGAAUGGUUUGUCUGUGAAUUCGCUCAUGUGGACCGCUGUAUCCUGCUGCCGCCCCUCUCCUGGUCUCGCACUGCCACUGCAUGGCCUCCUGUCACUGUGAAUCAUGGCUGGUCUCAGUUUGUAGUUUCUCAUUAAAUUGGCCCUUUCACUCCCCUGCCCGGGGCCUCUGCUCUCUUGGCUGGCUUCCUUCUUUGAUGGAAAGAGGGUGGGGGCUAGAAGUGGUCUAAGGCUUGAGUCCUCAGGGUCUUUGUGCUUGUGCUGCACUGACUGCCCAGGGAUGACAGUAUCUGAUUAAACCACACCCUUACCCAGCGUGGACAACCCGUGGGGGUCUACCUGUGACUGGGCCAGGGUAGGAUUUGGCUUUCACUGCACUCAAAGAGCGCCUUCCUCUCUCUCACACCGGUUUCACCCAUCUCCACGCCACGGCAUCUACCCACAUCGUCUGCAGGCUGGAGCCCGCUGGCUUGAGCUCAGGGUCACCCCACCCUGCAGGCAAAUACCCUUGCUCUCUUAAGCAAGACAGAGUCACUGAGGCUGAGGCUUCUGGUCUGAAGGCUAAUGGGGGCAGCCAGUCAGCCCCCAGGUUCUGAGCCAGCUCCCUCCCUACCCCUUAUCUGAACUGUGAAAAUGGGUAGGCUUGGUCAGUAGUUGAAGACAAAGUUUUCCCCACCAUUUAACCCUUUUCUGAAUAAAACUUUUGCAGAUCCUCAAUAUAUAAAACUGACUCCUAUCAAUAAAAAUAUUUAAGUUCA